AGUUUCAGUCUGAAAACCAGCCAUAAAUGUUGGCAACACAACGAUUUCUUUCAAAAUCUCCAUGUUUCUAUUUAACUGAAAAUAUCCCACACCGAACUGUUCUAGUUAUGUAAUUGCAACCUAAAAUGUCAGUAAAUGACAUGCAAUUGCUUUAUAACCUUCUGCCUUUUUUUUUUGUCUAAUAGCAGAAAAUUCUCCACUUACGCUGUUCAGCUUCAGAAGCAGGACAAAGAAAACUUGUGCUUUCUAGGUAAUUCUCUGAUAAUAUCAGUGGUGUAGCAGGACACCUUUUAAGCAGGACACAAGAGAAUCUCAGUAUUUUUAUGAAAAUACCUUGAAACUCAUUAAUGAAAAUAGUUACCACCCAUGUCAUAACAACACAAUCUCAAUUACUGAGAUUUUAUGCAAAAAAACAUGCCUACAAUUCAUCCACUAUUAUUACCAUGUAUUAACAUAACAGUCAAAGGAAAAACUGCCUUGUUUUAUGACAAUGGACGAGAAAAUGUGUGCUUAAUGCCCACUUUUCUGCCUAACUAUGAUUUAACAAGCUGUUUAAGUGCCCUGGCAUCCAUGUUGUCACUCGUAGAAUCAUCAGCAUAAUCACCUCUUUCACAGGUGGGCUUGCAAAACAACUGCUCAAAUCCUACAGCUGUAAUAAUGGUAAUAGCAGAACCCUUGUAAAAAAACCCUGUGAUGUUAAAAUGAAGGGAAUAAUAAAAAAGGAAACAUGAAGUAAUGGGAAUAAUAUAUAUUCUGUCCUAUAGUACACUUUUUAGCAUAACUUAAAUGUUUAUACUUAUACUUCACUACAUUUUUCUAAUUUGAAACAUUAGCCUUGCAGAAGUUCCCUUUGGCUUAGUUCAUCCAAUGAAGAAGAGACAAAAAAGAGAAUUCUAUCUUAGUUAAGUGCUUUCUGCAACAGUGAUGCAAUUUGAUGCUUUUUUUGGUUUUAACUGUUUACUCAAGCACUCGGUCAUAAUCAUUAAGCACUGUUUCAGAGUUGUGGGGAAACCCAAAAUGAAGGAAGCUGUGGAAUCCCUUUCAAAGCUCUCAAACACACUGGCGAGCAAACCCACUUUCCUCUGGAAAGGGGAGGAUUGUGGUUUUCCUACUUCAAUGAUGAUCGUUUUCCUCUGACUUCUAUUAGACCAUGCUUUCUAGAGGCAGAUCCUUACAGCCCAUGAUUGCUCUUCUGAACAAGCAGGAAUGUUGCUUUUGGAAAAAACUAACCAAUUACUGGCAUUUUGAAAAAGAAACUCAGAGAAUGAAAGAAAGAUGUGAUCUACAAACCUGAAUGCAACCUGAAAGGUCCAAAUAGAUGAGCUUGUGACAGCCUUUUCCAGUGCCCAGCACAGGGAUCCCACAUACUCCAGCUGUGUCUCCUCAGAUCUGUACAACACUGAUUAAGACUAUCCAAAAAUUUCAACUGUUACAGCUGUCACGGAAAAUAGCUGGGGCCAGCUGAAUGUCAGGAUGCAAGUAGUUACUAUUAUACUACUACUCCUUCUUUGUAAAGCAUCUGACAGUAGGAAGACAAGGAAUAGGAGUUUGAGAAACAAUGAAAGGGAAAACAUCUUAAGGAGAGCAUCUAGCACUGUUAAGCGCAAUGUCCAAGGCGUACCAUGUGAUAUAUACACUUAUCUUCAUGAGAAAUACCUAGAUUGUCAGGAAAGAAAAUUGAUUUUUGUGGCACCGGAUUGGCCAGAGGACUUAAAACACAUGCUGCUAGCAAGAAACAGGAUUCGUAAACUGAAGAAUAAUAUGUUUUCCAAGUAUAAAGCACUGAAAAGUCUGGAUUUACAACAGAAUGAUAUAUCAAAAAUUGAGAGUGAGGCUUUUUUUGGUUUGGAUAAACUCACCACACUCUUACUUCAGCAUAACCAAAUUAAGAGUUUAUCUGAGGAGAUUUUUAUUUAUACACCCAGUCUAAACUACCUACGUCUUUAUGAUAAUCCCUGGCAUUGCAAUUGUGAACUAGAAGCUCUUGUUACAAUGCUGCAGGUUCCAGCAAACAGGAAUUUGGGAAAUUAUGCCAAGUGUGUGCAUCCAAUAGGACUGAAAAAUCAAAAGCUAAAGCAGAUAAAAGCUGAACAGCUAUGUAGUGAAGAAACCAGGCAAGACCCCCAAAAUAUAAAACGGGAAAAGCCUGAAGCUGCCAAACCAGAAUUUGAUUCCUCUUCAUGCCACAUGUAUGUGUUUCCUGUACCAACUCUCAACUGCAGAAGAAAAGAUUUAAAGAAAGUUCCAGGUAACAUACCUCCAGAUAUAGUUAAACUUGAUUUGUCCAGCAACAAAAUUAGACAACUACGAGCCAAAGAGUUUGAUGAUGUCAGUGAACUGAAGAUAUUAAACCUAAACGGUAACGGAAUAGCCUACAUUGAUCCUGCUGCUUUCUCAGGCCUCAAUAACUUAGAGGAGCUGGAUCUAUCAAACAACAGCUUGCAGAAUUUUGAAUAUGGAGUACUGGAAGAUCUUUACUUUCUAAAAAUACUGUGGCUGAGAGACAACCCUUGGAGAUGUGAUUACAACAUUCAUUAUCUGUUCUACUGGUUGAAGCAUCACUACAAUGUUCACUACAAUGGCCUUGAAUGCAAAAUGCCUGAGGAAUACAAAGGAUGGUCUGUCGGAAAAUAUGUUCGAAGUUAUUAUGAGGAAUGCCCAAAAGACAAACUGCCCAUUUAUCCAGAAACAUUUGAUCUGGACAAAGAUGAUGAGGAAUGGGAGCGACACAAAGAACAGUCAGUUCAAACAGUAAAGAAGCAUGGUGUAAUUGUCACUGUGAUAGGCUAACAAGGGAAUCCCUCCUUUCCUUUUUUUAGUACAUUCAAAUAUUUGAUAUUCUGACAAGGAAAAACAUGCUGUUUACAUUUUUUGUUAAUUGUACUGAUUCUCUGUAGGACUAUUUGCCUACAAAGAUUUCUGUUUAUUGCAGUUAAUUACAGAAUGGCAUUAGUUACACAGCAUCCUUCAUCAAGUAAUUGUUUCUGACCAUUUGUUCUGGACAUUCUUGUGAAAUAUUUUGGCAACUAUUUGAAACUAUGUGGUAGAAAUCAGUAGACACAAAUGUACAUAGUGUGGUGGGGAGGAGCUGUCUUAUGCAUGAACACAGCUCUUGUGCUCUCACGGAACUUGCUGCAGGAUUGUGACCAAGACACAUUUUUCUGGAAUGUAUUGUCAGUCCUUUGUAUCUACCACUUUCCUGAAGUAUUCCCAGAAAACAUUUCUAAGAUAUUUG